GAGAAAACCUAACAUCGAAUUUCAUAUUGGUUCUUCCUCAGCUCUCCCUAUUCUGCAAAAUUUCUGGUUCGUCUCAUCUUCAUCGUCUCCGAAUUGGAUUAGCGUCGGGAUCCAGCCGGCCAUAGGUAGCCGUAGACGCCGAUCAAUCAGUGCAGUCGAGAAUGAUGAAGCUGCAAACAUAUGCGGGGAUUAGUUUCAUUGCAACCAUAGUGGUUAUCUAUCAUGCCUUCAACAGUAGAGGCCAGUUCUACCCAGCACUGGUCUAUUUGUCAACUUCCAAGAUAAAUCUAGUGCUUCUUCUCAAUAUGGGUCUAGUCAUCAUGUGCAUUUUGUGGCAGCUAACAAAGAAAAUAUUUCUCGGUUCUCUUAGAGAAGCAGAGGUUGAGAGGCUCAACGAGCAAUCAUGGAAGGAGUUGAUGGAAAUCCUCUUUGCCAUAACUAUUUUCCGGCAAGAUUUUUCUGUUUCAUUCCUUGGUAUGGUUACGGCUCUGUUGUUGAUCAAAGCUUUGCAUUGGUUGGCUCAGAAGAGGGUUGAAUACAUGGAAACCACUCCAUCGGUGCCGUUGUUGUCUCAUAUCCGGAUAGUUUCCUUCUUAGGCUUCCUCUUUGUUCUAGAUAGUCUGUUUUUUUAUAAUUCGAUAGAAUCUCUGAUACAGACAAGGAAGGCCUCGGUUUCCCUCUUCUUUUCAUUUGAGUAUAUGAUUCUUGCAACAACGGCUGUGUCAACGUUUGUAAAAUAUAUUUUCUACGUCAGUGAUGUACUCAUGGAGGGACAAUGGGAAAGGAAGCCCGUCUAUACAUUUUACUUGGAACUUAUCCGAGACUUACUUCACUUGUCAAUGUACCUGUGUUUCUUUCUUGUGAUUUUCAUGACCUAUGGUGUGCCUUUGCACUUGAUCCGAGAGCUCUAUGAGAUCUUUAGGAAUUUUAGGAUUCGUAUUGCAGAUUACAUCCGUUACAGAAAGAUUACUUCAAACAUGAAUGAUCGAUUUCCCGAUGCAACGCCUGAAGAACUCAAUUCAAGUGAUGCAACAUGCAUUAUCUGUCGUGAAGAGAUGACAGUUGCAAAGAAACUAGUAUGUGGACAUCUUUUUCAUGUCCAUUGCCUCCGAUCCUGGUUGGAGCGACAACAUACUUGCCCAACCUGCAGAGCCCUUGUUGUACCACCUGAAGGUUCAAGCACAGCAGCCGGUCAUCAUGGACCACAAUCUGAUGCUAACCAACAAGGAGCAGGAACCACAAGUUCAUCCGCGCAAGGUACGAGUGAUACAGGUGUUGCUAAUGAUAAUUUGAGCCAUCAUCAGGCUAGAGUCCGAGCUGCUGUGGCUGCAGCUUCUGUAUAUGAGAAAUCAUAUGUUUAUCCUUGUGCGAGCACAUUAGUAUGGUCUCCUGGAUAUGCAGUAGUUCCUCAGGUUGAAAGACCUUUGCCUGACUCCAAUAACAUAGAACCAAAUGGACGUCCACAACAAUUUUCUUUUACUGGCGGCCCUUCCAACUUGUCCUUCACUCAAUUUCCCCAGAAUCUUUUUGUUCCUUUUCAGCCACGAGAGGAUACUGGAAACAGUACGGACGGAUUGGGCAGUAGUCAAAAUGUAUCAGGCUUACAUCUUGAAGCUCAACAAAGAUUUCUCCAGCAACAGAUUGAGAUCCUACAGAAUCAGCUGCAACAUCUCCGUAAACCAGAUGUUGAGGAAAGCUCAGGAGCAGGUGAGGCAGAUAAGAAAGGGAAAAGUGUAGCAUUCUCGUUGUCGCCAUCGCCGUCGUCAUCUGAUUCUCGAUGAGAUAGAAGAAAUGAUGUGCAUAUAAUUAUAUUUGUGUAAUAAUACAAGACUGCAGAGGUUCAGAAUGACAUAGAUAUCUCUUUUUGUAUACGGAAGAUGUUUUUGGUAUAUUUUUAGAAGCAGUCUUCUUCCCCGUAUUGGUUGGUUGGUUUGGUUGUAAAUGCUGAAUUUGGCGUCUCUUUUGAAGCAAUUAUGCGACGGUCAAAAAGGAAUAUUUAAAGUUCUUUCUACCAAAAGAAGAAGAGAGUGAGUUUAUUCCAACA